CGGAGCCCCCCCCUCUGCAAGGAUGACUUGGAGACGGGUCCUGCUCCUGUCCUGCCUGUUGGCCACGGUGCUCCUGGCUGCGGAGAAUAGGCAGAAGCUGCGGGCUGAUGAGCUGCGGAGAGAACAUUUCGAGGAACAAAGGAACGAGUCUGAGAACUUCGUGGAGGAACAGAACGAUGAGCAGGACGAGAGGAGCCGGGAGGCAGUGGAGCAGUGGCGUCAGUGGCAUUACGACGGCCUGCACCCACCCUACCUCUACAACCGCCACCACGUCUGACCCUGCCCUGACGGCGGCAGAGAAGACAGAGCUUG